ACAGCUCACGACUUGUGAACUUGUGGACAGUUGGUGGGAGUGGAAUUUUAGUUGUCGGUCUGUUUAGUGUUGUGGAGUUUAGACUGCGCUUAGUGCGUUGAACGUUGUGUUUAAGCGUGCUUUAUUCUUUACGAUACUCUUACUUCUAAUAUGUGCAAGGAUAAAUAAGAUUAAAAAUCCGAAGAAUGUGCUCAGUGUUGUGUUAAAUUAAUUUAAACUAUCGAUAUGGGUUCAAAAAUUGAAUACGUGGAUUCGUCACAUUUGUAUGCCACAAAUUACGUUCGUAAUUCGAAAGCUAUAGGUGUGCUUUGGGCAAUAUUCACGAUUUGCUAUGCGAUUAUCACCGUUGUGGCAUUCGUGACGCCAGAAUGGAUUGGCGAUCUUGAGACUGAAUACCCUAGAAAGUUUGGAUUGUGGCAGAUUUGUAGAACAGACGAGGUCAGCGAGGAUUGUAAAGGGAGGCUGGACGAAUUUAUGUCAAUAAAUGGAUUUGUUUUCAAAGUGACUACAGUGCUAGUGGGCGUAGCGGUAGCACUCGCUUUGUUUACAAUUUGUUCGUUGCUCCUGUUUUUCUUUUGUCAAUCAACCACCGUGUUUCACAUUUGUGGCUGGUUGCAGUUGUUAUCAGCACUAUGUAUGGUUGGCGGUGUCGCUGUUUACCCUGCUGGAUGGAAUGAAGCAGCGGUUCAGGAGACUUGUGGACCCACUGCUGACCAAUACAAUAUUGGUCGCUGCCAUAUCCGAUGGGCAUAUAUCCUUGCGAUUAUCGGCUGCCUGGACGGAAUUGUACUCGCUGCUCUGGCCUUCAUACUUGCCACCAAACAUGUACGACUGCAACCUGAUACCAGCUACCCAUCACCGUCACUGUAUAAAGGCGAAGUAAAUAACGCAUACGUGACUGACGCGGCAUCUAUGGCCGGUUCACGCAAAUCACUAGCGCUGCAACCGGUGUUAAUAAUGCACCCACAUGCGCCACUAGAUGUCGACACCUACUCACAUUAUUCGGGACGGACUGCCCGCUCAAAACACGGAAUAUAUGCAAACUCUAUGCAUAAUUAUUAAUUUUUAAGACUUGCCGUUGUAUAAAACAUUCUUUUAUAAGUAGAAAUUAAAUGUUAAAUUAAUAAAUUUGGAGCUUACAUCUUGUUCUAAUGCCUAUUUAAAAAAAUGGUUUUUUUCUUGUUCUAAUAGUAAAAUUGUCGUUUUUGUGUCUAAUAUCAGAAACCCUAGAAAAAGAAAUGAGGAAUGUCCCAUUCCUGCCAAUAUAGAAUUAUAAUUGGGGUGGCACAAGCUGAAAAUGUUUCUAAUUUAUUUUUAUGCUUUUACAUAAUAACUUUAAAAUAAGUUGUUUUAUCUAACUUAGGUUUGAAAUCAGUUUUAAUUUUUAUCAAAAUUAAAAUCCUGAAACGAUUGU